UUCCUUUACGUGAACAAGGGAUGAAUUUUCAUGCCAAACGGCUCACGUGCCAAGAAAUUGAGGCCUUCAAGAAAUCUAAAGAAGUCAUGGAGAGGUUCAUCCGGGCUUAUAAACUCAUGUUGAAAUUUUACGGCAUCAACUUAAUCAGUGAGGAAACGGGAGAAUUGAAAAAAGCUGAAAACUGGUCUGAGCGAUUUGGAAACCUGAAUCGGUACAGCCAUAACAAUUUACGGAUCACUCGCAUCUUGAAAUGCUUGGGAGAGAUGGGCUAUGAACACUACCAAGUGCAGCUGGUAAAGUUCUUCCUGACAGAGACUCUGGUCCACCAGAUGUUGCCUCGGGUGCUGAGAAGUGUCUUGGACUACUUCAUGUUCACCAUCCGACACAAACUCAAACGACGGGAACUGGUCUAUUUUGCCUGGCGACACUUCAAGCCAAAGCACGAAUUUGUCUGGGGCCCUCACAAGAAACUCCGGAGGUUCAAACCUCAGUCCUCCGAGCUUCUGAGUAAUCCAGAAGAGCAAGAACACACCAAGAAAGGAGACGGAGAGGUUGUGGAGAAGGACAAUGUUGAGUCACCCCAAGCAAUCCUUCAGAGAAGGAAGUCUUCUGGGCAGGAAGAAGCUAGGGAAGCUCUAGAAAAAGAGAAACAUGGGUCGUCAGAGGAGAGCUGUGUCACUCACGAUGAUUUGGCUACAACAAUACAUCAUAACCAUAUUGAGCAGCCUGUAUCCAGCAUUAGUGCCACCUUGAGCCUUUCAGCCAGUAACUCUAUGCAGGGCAAAGGUAUUGGGAGGAGAACAACCUCUGUAGAAGAUGGUGAUCUAACGCAAGAUGGGAAGUUUGUAGAACCCCCAUUGAAACCUGUAGAUGACUAUAAGACUUCCAGAACAACAAAUCAAUCUCACCUUACUUUGGGAGAGAAGGAAGCCAAGGGAGACAGUGAAGAAGGCAGAGUAGCUUCAGAUUGUCCUUUGGAAAGAAAGGAUCAUGCUGAAGAGCGUGUGGGUGAAGCUGAGGAAGAAAACCUCAAGGAAUCCAAGAAGAGGAAGCUGGAGCUGAACAGAUUAAGUGGAGAAACCCCUGAGGCAUCCAAAAGCUCCAGUGAUAUUGAGAGGAUCUCCCAAAAUCUUGGCGAGGUGGUGAUCACCAAGGAAGAAAUUAACUUCUUGGCCCCCAAAGGUGGCAGUGAGGACUCCAGAGAUGGGAAGGAGGUUGAAUCCCUUGAUGCGGUGAGAAAGAGGCGGAAAGUAGACAUUGCACCCAAAGAUGAUUCUUCAGAAGUAGACAGUGAGGUGAUCCCAUCUAAAGACCAAGGAACAAGUGAUAGUACUCACGAAGUUAAGGAGAACGAUCUUGUCUGCCAAGAACAAACCAAAAUGGCGGCCAAUCCUUCUGCGGACACUUUGAUAGGACCUAAGGCUGGAGCUGUGGAGGUGUUGAUUGAUUCCAAAAAGAAUGACCUCCCUGGAGAUAGCUGUCUUCUGGAGAAAGCGAACGAACAAGAAGCUACUGCUCCAACAGAAAAUGAUGUCCCUUGGUUGUCUGAAACUAUGACAGUUCAUGAAAAGGGUGUAAGAAACAACGCAGGAUGGAAAGAGCAGGACCUUGAAGAAACAUCUGAUGGUUUCCUAAAAAGGAAUGAAAUCUCCAAAAUAAAGGAACGUGAAAACACCACGGCUGGACCAGAAGAAGAGUAGUCCUAUCCCAGAUCGGAUGAAACUGUCCCAAAAUACUAGAGGUCCAAAGGGCGUGUAUCUUUUCAAAAGCAGGUCAAAAUAAUCCUUGCUUGGUUUAUGGUUUGGUCUCUCCAGGUUUUUAUAAACAUGGGAUAUAAUUGACAUCUAAGGGUAAUGUCUUUAGGAUGAAAGAUUACCACACUGAGGUGUGUGACUUGCGCAUCUGAUAGUCUCACUUCUAGAAGUCUUAUAUCUUCUAAUUAAUUGCCCGAGGGUUUUGUUCUUUUUUAACAGAAAGCACAGGCCUGUUAAAUACAAUGUAUGCAACCUUGCAGGUGUGUUUUGCAGUGUUUGCUAGAUGAGCCACAAGAAUGUUAUUUGCUAAAUUAAGUUUGUCUUUGUUAAAUAAAGAUCUUUUAACUUUU